CAAGAGAGCAGCUUUAGUGCAGACUGAGCCACACCUUCCUGUUUCAGUAGACCCUGCUCGACUGUUGAUUGCCAAACAGUCUGAAGAAUCACACCAUGGAGGUCCAGCUGUGUCUUUGUGCUGUGGUGCUGUUGGCCUUAAUGAUUACAGGAAAUGAUGCACAGUUGGAUGUUUGUGGCACCGCACCACUCAACACAAAGAUCGUAGGGGGUGAGAGCGCUGCCCCGGGGACGUGGCCCUGGCAGGCCAGUCUGCACUUGAACGGCAGACAUUUCUGUGGAGGCUCCCUCAUCAACAACCAGUGGAUCCUCACUGCUGCUCACUGUAUCCCCAGCACCAGCACUGCGGGUCUGCUGGUUUACCUGGGACGAGACACCCAGCAAGGCCUGAAUUUGAAUGAGGUGUCCCGUUCAGUGUCCCAGAUCAUCCCGCAUCCAGACUACAAUUCAAACACAAACAAUAACGACAUGGCCUUGUUGAGACUGUCGUCAACGGUUGAGUUCACCAACUACAUCAAACCAGUGUGUCUGGCGUCAGAAGGCAGCGUCUUCGCAGCCGGGACGACCUGCUGGGUCACCGGCUGGGGAAACGUCCAGAGCGAUGUUUCCCUUCCCUUCCCUCAGCGUCUGCAGGAGGUGACUGUUCCCAUCGUGUCCAACAGUCAGUGCAACAGCGUCUACGGAAUAAUCACGAGCAACAUGAUCUGUGCCGGCCUGUCCGAGGGAGGAAAGGACUCCUGCCAGGGGGAUUCAGGCGGCCCCUUGGUGAGUAAAGACGGCUCCAGGUGGGUCCAGGCUGGAGUGGUGAGCUUUGGAAACGGCUGCGCUCUACCCAAUAACCCAGGAGUCUACGCCCGCGUGUCCCAGUAUCAGGCCUGGAUCAACAGCCAGAUCUCCAGUAACCAGCCGGGCUUCGUCGCCUUCCAGGGCUCCUCCAGCAGCGGUUCAGCCUCCGGAAACACUCACAUCAUCUCCUUCUCAGUUCCCCUGCUGGUGUCCGUCCUUCCCGUUGUCUUCUCAGUCUUUGUGCUCUUCUAGAAGGUUUAAUGAUGGUGGAGGUUUGCCAGGUCAGAUUAAUGCUGAACAACAUUUUCUUAAAACAAGCAAAAACAAACAAAGGAGGAAUGUUUUCAUUAUCAGGGAAUUAUUUCCUAAAUGAAGUUUAUUAAAUGAAGCACAAAAUGGCCCUUGAUGAUGUUUGGGAGCGUUUACCUGGAGGAGUCAGCUGCUCACCUGUGUUUGAUCAGGUCAUUGCUUUGUCUGUCUGUGUAAAAGCACCUUACUGUCGUCACUUUUCUCUGAUUAAGGCUUUUGGCUGAAACACGUCACCCAAAACAAAUUAAAUCAAAUUUGUCUCCCUGGUUUCAUAUGAUGGAAUUAAAUUAAAUUAUUGUGAUAACUGUGAACUCAGAUUAAUUACAUCCUUAUAUUGUGUAUAAUGAAUUGUAGUUAGUAGUUGUAACAAUACUAUUUAAGUCAUGAAUGUAUUAAUAUUCCAGUUCCCAGUUCAUUUGUUUUGCUCCUUUAACAUUUACAGUUUCCAUUUUGGGAUGAUUUAAUGAAUGAAUUCAUCCAUUCACACCUAACCCUCUAUCACAGCUGUUAGAGUAAAAGCAAUAACAAGCAUUUUAUUUGUACCUUUGAAUUUUCUGUGUUUAUGAGCACAAACCUUACAGAUUUGCACUGACAGUGAGUUUGGGACUUGAACCUGUGAAGUGGCCGGAGCAGUGAACUGUAUUACCUCUUUACUCUGUCAAUAACUCAUGACUGUAACUUUCACUGCCUCCAGAUUAUUUUUGCACUGAGCAACUGCAACUGUGAUUUACUGUUUAAGCAAAGCUCUUAUAUGAAGAACAUUCAAAUUCUAUUCACGUUGCUCAGAUUUAUAUCAUUUUACAUUCAAAUUAACAGGAAACAACUUUCAGUAUGAAACCACACACUGACACAGUCUCAACAACAACAACUGAGGAUCACAAAGGCAGGACUGGAUUAUACUGGAUUGUACUGGGCUGUUCCUGUGGGUUUGGUAUCUUUUUGUUAAACUUUUCAGAAUGUUUUACUUUCUGACUGUAUCACGUUAAAUAAAUGCUUUUUUUCUUAA